CACUUCAGGAGUACUCUCCAUCUUGACAAUAUUACGUCACUCCUGUGGGUCUCUUGGAUGCUCAUGCUGCUUGCUGUCUGUCCAUGAGUGAUCAAGUCCUUCGUCUCUGACUCUGGAGUCCCAUGUCCUUCAUCAGCAUCCAUGAAACAGGACUUGAACCAAUGAAAGAAUCUUAUGGCACUUACGAAGAUAAAUGUCACUCCUCCCUUUUCAAUUGGAACUUCUGCUUAGAACCUGUGUAUGACUUUUCAUCUGUGAGCUCUUCUGUGAGUAGCCACUGACUUUGAGUUGCAGGAAGGUCUCUGAAGAUUGAUAUCAAAUGACGUCAAUGGCCAGCUUGUUCUCCUUUACUAGUCCAGCAGUAAAGCGAUUGUUGGGCUGGAAGCAAGGUGAUGAAGAGGAGAAAUGGGCAGAAAAGGCAGUCGAUGCUUUGGUGAAAAAGCUAAAAAAGAAAAAGGGUGCCAUGGAAGAAUUGGAGAAAGCCUUGAGCAGUCCAGGACAGCCGAGCAAAUGUGUCACUAUUCCCAGAUCUUUAGAUGGACGCCUGCAGGUUUCUCAUAGAAAAGGCUUACCCCAUGUCAUAUAUUGUCGUGUUUGGCGCUGGCCUGAUCUGCAGAGUCACCAUGAGCUAAAGCCCUUGGAUAUUUGUGAAUUUCCUUUUGGAUCUAAGCAAAAAGAAGUUUGUAUCAACCCAUACCACUAUAAGAGAGUGGAGAGUCCAGUCUUACCUCCAGUAUUAGUGCCUCGUCACAAUGAAUUCAAUCCACAACACAGCCUUUUGGUUCAGUUUAGAAACCUGAGCCACAACGAGCCGCACAUGCCACAAAACGCAACGUUUCCAGAUUCUUUCCACCAGCCCAACAACACUCCUUUUCCCUUAUCUCCAAAUAGUCCGUAUCCCCCUUCCCCCGCUAGCAGCACAUACCCCAAUUCCCCAGCAAGUUCUGGACCAGGAAGUCCAUUUCAGCUCCCAGCUGAUACUCCUCCUCCUGCCUAUAUGCCACCAGAUGAUCAAAUGGGGCAAGAUAAUUCCCAGCCAAUGGAUACAAGCAAUAACCUGAUUCCUCAGAUUAUGCCUAGUAUCUCCAGCAGAGACGUUCAGCCUGUUGCCUAUGAGGAGCCCAAACAUUGGUGUUCAAUUGUCUACUAUGAAUUAAACAAUCGUGUUGGGGAGGCUUUUCAUGCAUCUUCUACUAGUGUGUUAGUGGAUGGAUUCACAGACCCUUCAAAUAACAAAAGUAGAUUCUGCUUGGGGUUGUUGUCAAACGUUAAUCGUAAUUCAACAAUUGAAAACACUAGGCGACAUAUUGGAAAAGGUGUCCAUCUGUACUAUGUCGGAGGAGAGGUGUACGCGGAGUGCCUCAGUGACAGCAGCAUAUUUGUACAGAGCAGGAACUGCAACUUCCAUCACGGCUUUCAUCCUACCACUGUCUGUAAGAUCCCCAGCAGUUGCAGCCUCAAAAUCUUUAACAACCAAGAAUUUGCUCAGCUUCUGGCUCAGUCUGUCAACCAUGGGUUUGAGGCGGUCUAUGAGCUCACCAAAAUGUGUACCAUUCGAAUGAGUUUUGUCAAGGGCUGGGGAGCAGAAUAUCACCGGCAGGAUGUUACCAGCACCCCAUGUUGGAUUGAGAUUCAUCUUCAUGGGCCUCUUCAGUGGCUGGAUAAAGUCCUUACUCAGAUGGGCUCCCCUCUGAACCCCAUAUCUUCCGUCUCAUAGUGCAGAAAUAGUCUUUUCAAUUAUAUUAUUAGUGGACUUGUUUUAAUUUUAGGGAAACUUUCAGUACAGAUACUGUGAGCUUACAUGGAAAACAGAUAUUACAGCUUAUUUUUUUUCUACAUAAUUGUGACCAAUACGUUUGUAUUUUGUGAUGAAUCUACAUUUGUUUGUUAUUCGUGUUCAUGUUAACUCUCAAAAGUGUUGUGAAAAAUGCACAGUAGAAGUGUGGUACCCCAGCUCACAAGUUUGGCAUUGAUCUUAAACUGGAAGAACAAUUCUGCCUUACUGUCCCAACAACUUGUUGUUUGUUCAGUUUCCUGGAAAAAUUAGUGCAUCACGUGAUGAAAAAUUAUAAUAGGAAAAGAAGAUACACGGUGAAAAUUCUUCCCUUUUAACCCUAUAGGAGCUGUACUUUUUCCAGUUUCUUUAUCUUACCAAUGUUAAGAAAGUGAAAGUGUAGUUCGUUGUUUUCUGAAAGCAUAUGGUAGGAGCUGAAAAGAAACUAUAAAAAAAUUUUUUUUAUUUGAAGGAACACUAUGCACUGCUCUAACAAGUAGUGUUCAGUAAAAGCAAAGUGAUAGUUUUCUAGAUGGUGUCAUAAAAUGUACAUUUAUUACAGCUAAGUGUGUGUCAGUCUGUUGUGGCCUCAUUCAGUAUAUCUUUUAUAAAACAUUUCCUUUUAAAAAAAAAAAUUAUUGUAAACAACAGAUCUCUAGUAUAUGUCACUUACUCUGAGUCUGUCCUGAGUACUACUUCAUAGCUAGUGACGGUGCAUGCGCGGCCUUGUUCAGCUUGGCUCCUUUUGGCCACUGUUGCAAGAACUCUAAUUUUGACAUAUGCAUUAGUCUCUUAUUUUGCACUUUGAUGGGUGACAGUUUUUAGUGUAACCUUUUAUGAAACACACUCAAGUGACUUGGACAUAGAUGCUCAGCCUUACUUCCCUGGUGCCCCUUUUGUAUUAACAGACACUGCGGUUUAUAGAUGACAGGUGUAGGAAGUUAGACUUUUUCUACCUUUUUUGUAUUUUUGACCUAGAUUAUAAGACUGUUAUUCUGUAGCUCCGAUUUAAGGUGCCUUUCUAAUUCCCUCCCACUCUCUGUGUGUCGCUCGUUUUGGAAAAUCAUACUCUCCUCCCGUUGCUCUUACUGGCGUCAGUCGCCCCAAGCAAGGAAAGGACUUCCAGCCUCUUCAGUCUGGCCCCGGGUCAAGGCUGCUGGUCUGGUACUUGGAUGAAUAAGCAGUGGUUGUUGAGAUAGUUGAUUUUGAAAUAUUACCCUAUCCUAGAAUGCAGACUGCUCUCUCAGUUCCCAUGUAUGUCCUGGGUUUGUUCCCUGCGCCGCCCACCCCCCCGCCCCCCGCCAUUUAUUAGCACUUCUGUGGAUGCUAAUCUCCCAGAACACAGUCCUCUGAGAGGAAAGACAUGAAAACUCUAUAAACUCUCUGUUCAGUCAGUCAUGCUUGUAGGCUUUGGGUAAAAGACUUUUAACCUCUUUUUCCAGAGAGCAGCCAGAUAGGCACUUGGUUAUGGCGUGAGAACAGAGACAUCAUUUUGAAAAAAAAGUGACCUAAUUUACCUAUCAGAGAAAGCUAUUUUCUGGUGCCUUUUCAAAGUAUAUGGAGCCGCGUCAGUCUUCUAUUUAAAGUGCUAGUUUGGUUUGACUUUCUACUUUGCCCUUUCUGCAUUUCUUGAGGAGAGGAGAAUGCGAUUCCUUUUUUCUGUAACAUUAUUCAUUGCUCUUACGAAGUGCAGCCAGUGGAUGGUUUAGUUCUGUCAGAUGAAGUGCCAUAUGUUUCAGGUCACAGUCCUUUGCUGUGUGAAAGGAUACUUUGUCACAGCCGCCUGAACCUUAAACAGAAGUAAGCUUUCCAUGACACGCAUUCUUCAUCUUCCACACGUGCGUCCGCCACAUGAAAGAAAAUUAUGUGCUUAGUGUUAGAACCUAGCUAUUUACAUUGUUCUUUGAUUUCCCAGGCUUGUGGCAUAAUCUUUGGGGCAAAUGUGUAGAAGGAAACUACCCAGGUUGAAUGACAGAUACAUGUCAUCAACGUCUGUGGACUUGAACAGGUGCAUACUAUUGAAUUGUUUCACUGAUGGUUUCAAUUGAGUUAAUUAAAAAUUGUUUUUAUUCCUGUUACAGUCUUUAGAAUUGUCAGGAUUUUAUGUGAUUGUUCUUUCCUGUGUUUUUCUUAAGGAGUUGUAUCUCAAGAAGGUCAGUACUGAAGCUAUUGACCGUUAAGAGUUCCAUGGAAACAGAGAAGCCUGUGGUCUUCCCUAAAACUUAUAAACCAUAUACCCUGGAUUUUAACUGAAAUUUUUAUUCUGUGUAGUUGCUUCAAUAAUUCCCGAGGGUGCCCCCAAUCCAUGAACGGGAAUUAAAAAUUGCCAGUAAGAUUUUAAAAACUAGAAAUUCUGACCAGUGAAGACACUUCUGAAAGAAACCAUUUCAGAAAAUUAUAGUUUUACAUUGUUAAAAUCUUUAAAAUUUUUAAAUCUUUGGAAUGGUUUAUGCUCAAAUUUAUGAAAACAUCACUGCUACAGCAAUCACAUUUCAUACUAAUAUAUGCGAGCUGAAAGGAGUAGAGUCUGGGAAUCAUAAAAUUACAACCAGUUUGGUAAAUGCAGAAAGAGAAAUAGAAUGGAAACUCAUGUGAGUAAUGAAUUAAUCCAAGAAAAAGAUGCUUGCAAAAACAGUUGCAUUUGAUCAGCGUGUUUGUAUAAUACAGUAUUAUGGUCUGUAUGGUAUUGCCUGGCUUAUGUUGUAGACUGUAAACUAUUAGGCAUGUUAUUGAUCUUCUGAAGCUAAUACUUUUUCUUUAGAGAUUAAAGAAGACAUCAAUCAAAAUGUCAAGUAUAUACAUCAGAAUAUAAAUCAUUUUUCACACUUUAUUCUUAGGUAAGGGACCUGUGGUAAGAGAAUUGGCUGGAUUUCUUAGUUGAAAUCCACAGUAAGAUUCCUAGGUAGUUCAGUGAGCUAUACCUAAUAGUCUAGAAAGAGGAUGUAGCUACUUGAUACUUUUCCUAACAGUUGAGAGUAAGAUAUCCUUGUAAGAUGUAAAAUGAUCAAGAGUGUUCGGAUCUGAAAUCUCUUGUCAAGAUGAGAACUAGGGCUCUCGGUACCUGUGCAGUUCUCCUGUAAUGGUUUUCUGUUGAAGGAGAAAGUUUGUGCAGAAUAUGAAAUCCUACCGGUAACAGAGAACCUCCAAAAAGUCCGACAGAACCUGUUUAAGUACUGUACUGCUGUCCUGGAAAACAGCUCAUGUGCCAGCUUGAAUCCAUUUCUUUACAUUCUUUGUGAUUGUUUGCUCAGUGUUCCUUUGAACACAUUCCCCACUGAAUAUGUUAAUGUCUUUUAUACUUGCUGAAGAAGGAAGACUCUUUUGAUAAUUCACCUUCCAAUGAUGACUUCAGUUUUGGAUCUGUUAGCUUUUAAGAGGAUCAGAGCCCUUCUUUGUUGUAUUGCUUAAAUCCUUGUUUACUCUUUCAGGUCGGAAUGUAACUAUGUGUCCUCAGUAUGUAUACCCAUCAGCUAGAUAAGCAAGGAUCUUUUAAGGUAGUAGAUAGCAUGAUGGUUUCAGGCAUGUUUGGUGAUUUUUAUGGGAGGGAGUUUUCCUAAACAUUAUUUGCGGGUGGGCUCUUCAGAUACUAACUAGGGCAGCUCUAUGGGGGGCACUCUCAUAUUUGGGGCCUGUUUCCUCCAGAGCAGCAGCAUAUCUCUCCUUGAUAGAGGUGGGAUUUGGGAGAGGUGUUCUUCUCACAGAAGAUGCAUGUGUGGAAAGUGACAAUUCAAAGCGUUUCUUAUGCAUACACACUUUUUGCCUGCUGGACAGAAGCUUGGACAAUUCUUUGGAAUUUACUGGGUUACAGGUUAGCAUUUCCUAAUUACAAGAGGUAACAGUAUUUAUCAAGCCUUGGUUCUAUUGGAUUGUUCCUAAUACAGACUUAACCUUCUAAACUACACCUGUGUUACAACUGAAGUGUUACCCUAAAAUUGGAUGGUUUACAAAAACCAGUGAGAGGUAUUUUACAUAGCAAUUUUUUUUUUUUUUUAAGUAAGAGCGUGUGAUAUAUUUGCUGAUAGCAGUUUCUGUAAAACAAAUGAUGGGAUGUUUUGGUGAAAAGAUCCAGCCUCAGAGCAGGAUUCUUCGGUCAUUCAUGGCAGAGUGAAAAAGGUGUGCAUGGUUCUCAUCUAGGUACUUCAGUUCUUAAAAUUGUUAGCAGUCAUCAUAAACCAUUGUCCUUUAAGGAUUUAUUUGAAGAUACUGUUAUUAAAAUGUUCAGAAUUUUGUGUACAGUUAGAUUCUUGCCUUCCAUUAACAUGUAGUACCUUCUUGAUACUAGCUGGUAUUAACUGUAAUAAAACUACAAUGAGGCCAAACCAACCCACCUUCCUUAUAAAAGAAGAGGUUUUUUAGAGUCAGAUCUUCCCUUCUAAUAUCAUUGGAGAUAAUGUUGCUUUGAUUUAUUCAUGAAGUAUUUUAUAUGUAGGGACUCUUGAAGCUAAUAGUUGGGCAGGCGAUUUUCUCCUUAAUCUGGUUGGUUAAAAUUGCAUUUUUAAAGAUCACUUAUUUGAAAAUUGGACUGUAAUCAUGAAAACUGGAUGUUUUUAUGUACAUACUGCCCAUCUUCUCUUAAAAAGAUACUCCUAUGCAGAUGAUAAAGACCAAACCAAUGGCUGCACUAUAGGUCCGCUUCCUGUUCUGCUUCUGUUUCUGUUGUAGAAAAUGAAAUUCUGGCAACAUGCUUCAAUUCUGUUACCUUUUUGAUACGUAUAAAAAUGUAUUAGGUUUUACUAUAUUGUGCUUCUUCAAAGCCAUAACUCUUAAGAACUUUGAUUUUGCAUAUUGUUUGCUAAUACUUUAUUUUAAUAAAUCUCAAAACCUGUUUAAUGUUG